GCUGCAGCCCACGCCGCCCGCACGCCAAUGCCACGUCCACGCUGCAGCCCUGAUGGACGACCGCGGCGCGCAAUCGCCCUCGAUCCCGCCGCCCGUCCCGCCGGUCCAGCAGCCUAAACCGCAGGCCCUGCCUCAGCGCUCCGGCCCCAAUGCGCUGCUCGUGUCGCCGCGCCAGAAGGGCAAUCCCAUCCUCAACGGCGUCAAGGCCGUCGCCUGGGAGUACUCCGACAUCCCCGCCGACUAUGUGCUCGGCACCACCACCUGCGCGCUGUUCCUGUCGCUGAAGUACCACCGCCUGCAUCCCGAGUACAUCUACAACCGCAUCCGCGAUCUGCGUGGCCAGUACCAGCUCCGUGUGCUGCUCACCCUCGUCGACAUCGACAACCACGAGGAAUCGCUGCGAGAGCUGUCCAAGACGUCUCUGCAUAACAACGUCACUGUCAUGCUCUGCUGGAGCGCCCAGGAAGCUGGCCGCUACCUCGAGCUGUUCAAGACGUUUGAGCACACCGCGCCCACGGCCAUCCGCGCCCACCAGUCGACCAGCUACCCGGACAAGCUCGUCGAGUUUAUAACAACCCCGCGAAGCAUCAACAAGACUGAUGCUGUAGGCUUGGUCUCCAAUUUUGGGAGCGUCCGCACUGCUGUUAACGCCGGCCCUGACGAAGUCGCACUCAUUGCUGGCUGGGGCGAGAAGAAGGUCCAGCGCUGGUGCAACACGGUGCGCGAGCCGUUCAGGGUCAAGAAGGCGGCAAAGAGGGGGAUGGAUAGAGAAGACAGCCGGAGUGAGCGUCCAUCGGCACCCACGCAGGCUCCUGGAACAGCAGCUAUUACAGAUGAUUUUGUAGCUGCAAGCAUCGUAAUUGCAGCGCCUGCUAUGACAAGCACUCUCAGGACCAAGCAUACCAGCCCCAACCAAGCGCGGCGUAAGGAGACUACGGAAAUACAGCCUGAGUUGACGCUGGACGAGGACGAAGACGAAGAAGAUGCAACACGGCAGGCUACAGGGCAGAGGGGACCCCUUCGAGACCUCGAAAGUAGACAGCCUGCGUCUGAUGUUCUAGUGGAGCGGAAGAAUGGAGACGAAGAGCUUAGCGAGGGGGUUAUGGCAGCAUUGGCGAAGCUGAGACAGCAAGGCUGAGAUAUCUAGAUACUUUCAGCAUGUGUGUGCCAUUUGAUUUGCAGCUGCAAACGACUUGAAUAUGGUGAACCAGUAGCCGAUUCUAAUUGACCAUCCUGUUGCCCCGCUAC